AUGUCUCCUCCAAAGACCAUCCUCAACUCUGCACUCGAUGCCGUCGGCAACACCCCGCUCAUCCGUCUCGACAGGAUCGCAGAUCAUGCAGGCCUCAAAUGUAACCUCUUGGGCAAGGUGGAGUACACCUCUGCGGGUGGUUCUGUGAAGGACAGGAUCGCGAAGCGAAUGGUCGAGGCGGCAGAGACAGAGGGCAAGCUUAUCCCUGGGCGAAGCGUCGUCAUUGAGCCAACAUCAGGCAAUACAGGGAUUGGUCUUGCAAUGGCCUGUGCGAUCAAGGGAUAUUCGGUGAUUAUUACGAUGCCUCAGAAGAUGUCGCUUGAGAAAGAGGCUGCCCUGCGCGCGCUCGGCGCCGAGGUCGUGCGCACGCCGACAGAGGCAGCCUGGGAUGACCCAGAAAGCCAUAUAGGUGUAGCCAAGCGUCUGGAGAAGGAAAUUCCAGGCGGGAUCAUCCUCGACCAAUAUCGCAAUGUGAACAAUCCACUGGCACACGAGCUGACAACGGGGCCAGAAAUAAUUGAAGCCGUAACAUCGACACCAUCAACAUCGACACACCCUUCUUCAGGCAAGGUAGAUGUCUUCGUAGGUGGAGCCGGAACAGGUGGCACCGUUUCGGGUGUAGCCCGUGCACUCAAGAAGACCCACAACUCUGCCUGCAUCAUUGUCGGUGUAGAUCCCAAAGGCUCCAUUUUGGCCCUCCCCGCCUCGCUCAAUAAUCCUGACGACGGUGCGUCCUAUAUCGUCGAAGGCAUUGGAUACGAUUUCGUGCCGGACGUGCUCUCCCGCGAGCCCGGCCUCAUCGACACGUGGGUCAAGACAUCGGACGCGGACGCAUUUGCUGCCGUUAAGUUGCUCAUGCGGAAAGAAGGACUAUUGGUCGGCGGAAGCAGCGGGAGUGCUCUCGUGGGCGCUCUUGAAUGGUUGAAGACGGAGGAGGGAAAGGCCGUGGCGAAUUCGCAAGGUCGCAACGUUGUCGUGCUGUUGCCAGACGGGCUGAGAAAUUAUAUCGGCAAGGAGUGGUUCCUCGAUCUGGCGCUCAAUGGAGACUCGACGCAGCUUGCGCGACAAAUUUCCGGCGUACUGAAGCGGCCUGUGCCAGGAGGCACUGAAGCUAUUAGCAUCGCUGGGCAGCCAAAUGGCGCAUAA